AUGUCGCGUUGGGGCAGAGGCCGAAGCGGCAGCGUGGCCGUGCCGCUCGAUAGUGCCCUAUUCAGAGAAAACAGUAACUGUCCCACAGCAGCCCGGUCCGCGGGCACCGUGGGCAAAUGGGGAAUCACAAGCUUUACUUCAAUUAGAAGCGCCCCUUACGCCUACCAAAGUAAUGUUCACAAGAAACCAGUUCAAGACCAAAAUAGCCCAUUGACAGUACCAGCUGUUGAAUCUGAACAGCCACCGCCUAAACCCAAGAAGUUUUUCAAAUCACGUAACACUGAAUUGUAUCCUCCAGUACCACAAAUUACAUAUGCUCCUCCAGUACAUCCUGCACCACUCUCACCUGAACAUACCACUAAAGAGAAAAAGACAACUAAGCGAAGCAGAUAUAAUAGAGAUUCGUCUUCACCUGAACUACCAAGACGUAAUUCUGAAAAAUCUCGAGGCAAAAAGAAUGCAGUUGCAACUAAAGCAGCAAAAAAAGAGGACCCUACAGCAGAAAGUUCACAACCACCAAAUAAGCGAUACUUAGUUAGAAAUCGUGAUAAAGUAAUUAAUUAUGCAGAGGAUGGAAGCAACAGUCCAAUACCUGAAUUUACCAGAUAUGAGCCAUUACAGCCCAAGGUUUCAACCCCUAAGGCCAGUCCUCUAGUAGCCAGUGCCUCACCAAAGGCUGUCCUUAGCCUAUCACCAAGUAAAAAUGAGGUAACAAGUCCAUCAACUAGUAAGGAAAGCAAUGAAGAGCGUAAACCACCACCAAUUGUACUCCGUAUCUCCAAAGGUACGUCUAGAAUUGUUAGUACAGAUUCAAAUGAAGGUUUCACCUCCCCUGGAUCAGACCGGCAUUCAUCUAUGGAUAAUCAUUCCGAUUUUGGGUUAGAUCACAAGAAAAGUCCUUCCAUGGAUGCUAUUUGUUCCCCUAAACAUGAAGGACUUAAAAUUACUAUAAAAUGUUCUGGUUUCAAUCAAGAAGGUAAAAAAGAAAAGAAAAAAGAAAGGAAAGAUGGUCACAAAUCUCAUAAAAAGCAUCAUAAGGUGUCAUCAGAUGAUGAACCUUUAAAAAAACCAAGCUCUCCACAACCUGGUUCAGAUGCUUAUGAACUUUAUAAAACUCUUGCUUCUCCUGCACAUGAACCAAUUCAACCAGAAAAGAAUUCAAACAAAAAUAAGCAGAUAGACCUCAUAGAAUCCCAAUUGGCUAAAUUUGAUUCUACCUUAGAGGACACUAAUGAACCUCCUCCUGAGCCAAAACCCUCAGAAGUACUAUCAGGUAGAUCUCGACGAAAUAGACCUAACAUCAAUUAUAAUGAAAAUGAUGAUGAGGUGUAUGUAGCAGCUGGAAUUUCCAAUAAACAUGUAACAAAGACUGUAAAUGAAGUAAAAAGAGAUUGUAGAAAGACAAGAAAAAAGCAAGAAGGACCGCUUGAUCCAAUACCUAAUAAAUUGCAAGAUGUUCCCCUAGAACCAGAAUCAAAAGAAUCUGAAUCUCCCAUUGAACAAAAUGAAUUGAUUAAUAUUUUAGCAGGUACAGAUAAAACUGAAAGUAUACCGAAGUUAAAAAUUAAUAAAAACAAGAAAAAUAAGCAUGGCCAUAAUAAGCUCUCAAGUCCUGAUACAAAUGAAAUUACUGAUAAUACAAUUAAUGAAGUGAACGAAAUUAGUGAAGAAUUAAAUUCUGAGCUACAACCUACAGAAGAUUCACAACAGGAAGCUACCGAAAGUCAAAGCCAGACACAAACUCAAUCUACUGACUCCGCUUAUAAUAGUUGCCCUAAUGAAUUAUCAGAGGAAGAGUUGCAAAAGCAAUCUCAAGAUGUUUUUAAGUCACCUCAUUCUGAAGAACAUAAUGAAGACAAACCAAGUGUUAAAUUAGUAAUCACAAAGAAAAAGGGUUCUAUAUUCAAAAGUAAAUCUUUAGGUAAUGAUAAUCCAUCUCCACUUCCUGCACGUAAAAGACGACAUCUUUAUAAACAUGAAUGGGCUAAUGAUAAAGGUAAUGAGACUCCAAGACCCGAACAACCGGAAGCUAAUGAAGCCCAGAAUCCUGCCAGUCAAGUAUCCGAGGAACUUACCAGAGUCACUCGCUAUAGAGCUGCUGAUCCAAUUAUAGAUGACCCAAUAUCCAAUGAACCUGUAAAACCUUACACCAGUGUGAGAUGUGCAAAAGAAGCAAAAGAGUAUUAUACUGUUGUGAGGAAUGUGAAGAAAGCACAUCAAAUCCAAGAAAUAGGUGAAUUCCAAGAAUUUAAUGAUGAUGUUGAAUAUCUUCUGGAUGCUUUACAGGACAACAACCCGAUGUCGACACGUUGCCUGUCUGCCAUCACGCUAGCCAGUAAAUGUACGGCGCCCGCGUUUCGCAUGCACCUACGAGCGCACGGCACCGUGCAGAAGUUCUUCAGUGCUCUACAUGAUGCAACUAAUGAUCAGAGUUUGGGGCUGUGUACAGCAACAGUUAUGUUUGUACUCUCCCAAGAUCGUCUCAAUAUGGAUUUGGACCGUGAAUCACUGGAACUUAUGUUAAAUUUACUGGAGUCUGAUGCUUCUCACAAAAACGCUCUGGAUGACUGCGGCUUGACAUCAGCUCAACUUGCCAAGACACAAGAGAGAGUUCGAGAGUUAUGUGCAGAGAUCAAAAAUCAAGGAAAAGCCAAGCAUUUAGAUUUAGAUAAUAUUACUGUGGGGCAUUUAGCCAUGGAGACGCUGCUCUCGCUGACGUCGAAGCGCGCCGGCGAGUGGUUCAAGGAGGAGCUGCGCAACCUGGGCGGCGUGGACCACAUCGUGCGCACCAUACAGGACUGCGCCGACAAGCUGCACGCGCCCGCCGCCGCCUGGACCAACACUCACCUGGACAUCCUGCGGAAGGCUGACCGCUGCAUGCGGGUUCUCGAGAAUGUGACGCAGAUGAACGAGGCGAACCAGCAGCACCUGGUGUGCGGCGGGCUGGGCGCGGCGGGCACGCUGGCGGCGCUGCUGCGGCGCUGCGUGGGCGAGGCGCGCGCGCACCUGCACCUGCGCCACGCGCUGCUCGACGCGGCGCUGCCCGCCGUCAAGGUGCUCGUCAACCUGUCGCACUCCUUCGCCGGCCUCUCAUCAUCGAUUGGAGCUCAAGUGGUUGGUGAACAACCAUCGGUCAUGGAGGUGUGCUUGAUAAUGUUGAACAAUCAGGACAACUUCAUUCCAGACUCAAAUAACUUCGAUUUCUCUGUCUGUGUUUUAAUGCUGCUAAUCAACCUAGUACAAAACAACGACGUGAACACACAGCGAUUGCUUAGCUUAAGAAUUCGUGUGGACAACGAAAAUGAUAUUAUAUCGCGGAGUGUCUCUGCGCUGGAUUUGAUUAUUGACUUGUUCCAUAAGAGAGUUGAACUUGCCAAGCGAGCAGAAGAAAACACAGACGCCUUACUGGAUGGCGAAAAGGACGGUGAGGAUAGUGAUAACAAGAAACAGCCAGAUGACAUUGAUGAAACUGUUGCAAAACUGCUGGCGCGCGCGGGCACGCACAUGGAGCACACGAUGGUGGGCGCGUACCUGGCGCUGCUGGUGGGGCAGGCGGCGCUGGGCGCGGGCGCGGCGGCCGUGCGCGCGCGCCUGCCCACCUACGCGCCGCUGCUGCCCACGCUGCGCAAGUACUUCGCCUUCCUCUCGCUCACCGCCAGUGCGGAAGCGGCAAUAGUGGCGCACGUGAAGUCCACCCAGCGGAUAAUCCAGUUCAUGGAGAACAGCGACAAGGAAGGCGAAGCCUCCGCCGCGACGGCCGCCGCCCCCGCCGCAGCCCCCACUCCCCUUCCCACCGCCUCAUACUACACGGGAUACUACCAGACUUCACCCUCCGACGUGCCGCAGGACAUGUCACUGAGCAACCUCAACUACGGCGCCAACUACUCCUCCGGCUCCGACCGGAUGUCCUCCUCCAUGGAGGUUGACGGCUACCAUUGAAUUUGGAACUAGCUGCGACGUGUGCUCGCCAAGCGUGGAUAUAGAACUCACCGACAGUCUGCUCUCUGUGGAGGUUGGCAGUUACCAUAGAAUUGUCGACUAGUCGUAUGGAAAUGGAACUCACUUUGGCAUUUGUAAUUUUCUUUUUUAUUUUUAAACGCGUUCGAAUUGAUGCAUGUUGGUUUGCAUUGAUUUGAUGUUUUUAAAUUUUUAAUUGUAAAUCAAUUUCGAUUUUUUUAGUUUUAAGCUAAUGCUGGAUAAAGUAAGUAUACUUUAUCCAGCAUUAGCUUUAUUAUGCUAUAUUAGUUUUCUAAUAGAAUGCUUAAAGUUGGUUUCUAUUUUCAUAUCGCCGUCUGUGGAACCAUAUAAUUUUAUGUGAAAGGCUAGGUACCCAUAUAGCUAUGGUGUAAGUUUGCAAUCUACAAUUUUUAAUGAAACCUUCAAAUGUUGUUGAUCACAAACAAUUAUGUAUGUAUACCCUUAAUGUGUAUGUGGAUACCUAGCAUUAAGUUAAAUACUUAAUAUAAAGUAAUAUGUGUUCCAUGAAAGUAUGAUUGGAUACGGCUGAAAGUUCACGCUGAGUACUGCAAGUGUUUUGUUUUUAAAAUUUUAUUGUGUGCGAGUGGUUGAUGGGAGACUUGUAAAUAAAAUCUAAAUCAAUUUAAUGUAUAGAUAAAUCAUAAAACAUGCCAUUCGUAAUAUUAGAGUUUGUUUCCGUAUAAUGAAUUGUUAUGAAUUGUUUUUUAGUACCUCAUCUUUUGUAAUAUUCCUUUGUCGCCUUUGUAAAUAGAUCCACAUUAGAUAGUUGAGUUGGAUAUGGGUUAUGAUCUUAAUGAAAUUGAGAUAUUUCCGAGUUUAAGCCUUAAGUGGCAGUAUAAAAGUGCAAAGAUAGUCAAUAAGUGUAUAAUAGAUGUGAAUUCCGUUAUGUGAAUAUGUAUGCACUUUUUGUAUAGAACUGAGAGUGACAAUCUAUCGAGUAUUGUUCUCACGAGGCACAAUUCUUUGUAACUAAAUAAGUAGAUAGUUUAAUAGAUCGGUCUCUGAUCGAGAUACAUUGGAAGAUUAUGUGACGCUGGUCGGACGAGACAGAAUGUUUUCGCAAUGUACAAACACUGUUAAUUACAUGAGAGACAUUUUAAAUAAAUAGGAAAAAUCACGAUCGGAUUUUUAAUUAUGUGGUUAAAUUGCGGUUGACCUUUUAAAAGAAAAUGUAGACAAAUUGACUGAUCACUUCUAUUUCACUCGUAGUAUCUGUGGAAAUUCCAUACUUUGAAACUAUUUCUGCCUGCAAUAAGUUGUCGAACAAAGCAAUCACAUAGUAUUUAUUGAGGUUGAACUAAUUGCUUGAUAAUUUAUGUAUGUUGUUGAAUAUUGCAUCAGAUUGAAUUGGUUAGUUGCUAGUUUGUUAUAGUGAAUGAUAGCCUUUAUGAAUAGCUUAGGGUUGAAAUUGAAUCCGGAUAAUUAAUCUUUAUAAGAUUUGGAUAACAUUUCAAAAGUUGGACAUUAUAAUUUUUAAACUCCAUCACAAUUGUUCUUAUUUUUAUUUAUUUUGCUCAUUACAUAAACAUUUGUAGCUUUAAUUAUUUUCAAGGAUAGUUUUAAUGUUUCUUUUUCACAAGUAGUAAAUAAAACAAUGGCACCCUACUUAAUAAUCUUUUAAUAUUUUGUAUAAUCUAUUCUGAUUCUGUGUCCCAGAUUAUAAACUAGUGUUGGGUAAAUUAUUUAGGUACAAUUUUAAAGAAAACAUAUUUUGGGGAAAACUUUUUAUUGAAUUAAAUAGCUUCUAGUUUAUUGUUUAUAUGGGUAUCAAAUUCUCAGUCUUAACAUGUAUAAUAUUCUAUUGAAAUUUGUAAUAUAUAGGGAAAUUUGUGUGAAUGCCUUCCGAUAGUAGUCGGUUUUGUGUUUUGUGAAAUUCAAUAUAUUACACCAAUGUAGAGUUGACAGCUUUAUUAUAUAGACAUACAUACUUGCAGUCGUUUUAUUUGUUUUAGCCUAGCCUGACUUGGUACCUAAAUUUGCGGCUUAUUAUAAUAAAUUGACUUUAUAGACUGGAAUAUUCGUGUACAGUUUUAUUCUUAUAUCUAAAUUAUAUUUUACGUAAUUUAUUGAACUAUAGUUGUAUGAAUUUUGCUGUGUACGCGUUGCGUUAUUUCUUGUAUAUCACAUAUGUUUUCUAUAUUAUGUUGUUAGCCUGUGUCGAGAGUUUGAUAUCUUGAGAAAUUAUUGUAAAUGUAACGUGUAAUUAUGUUUUGAAGUAUUACGUGUAAUUAUUAUUAUUAAAAGAAGGACAA